AUGUCGAGCAGACCCAAGUCCCCGACGGCGACCUCGGCCCUGUCGGCGGGGUCGUCGUCAUCGUCGUCGUCGCGCAACGCAACGAAGCGCCUGCUGCGCGAGCUCGCCGUCUGGGAGAAGGAGGCGCCGAGCGAGACGGGCAUCGAGCGGCUCGGCCCCGUCGGCGAGGACGAGCUGUUGCGCUGGGAGGCCGUGAUCAACGGCCGGGGCGUCGGGGGCGGAUACGAUGAAGGCCGCUGGCUCCUAACCAUAACGAUCCCGUCCGCCUACCCGCUGCAGCCGCCCCAGAUCGCGUUCCGCACGCCCGUCGUGCACGCCAACGUGGCGCUGCGGUCGGGCGAGAUCUGCCUCGAUUUGUUGGGCAAGGCAUGGACGCCGGCGUACAGCGUGCUGGAGUGUGUGCGCGCCGUGCGCAUGCUGCUCGGCUGCCCCGAAACCGACUCGCCGCUCAACGUCGACGUCGCGGCGCUGCUGCGCGGCGGCGACGCCGUGGGCGCCGCCGCGCUGGUGCGGUGCUGGUGUCGCGACGAGGGGGGGCGGUAUGAGGGGCCUUAG